CUUAAAUCAAAGGCCAAAACCGGACCUUUCUCUUUCUCUUCAUGUUGCAUUUUGGCUCCUUUGCUUUUUAGUACCAGCACUAAGCUAGCUAGUCAGUGUUGUGUUCUGUUCUGGGUUACUCUGUUUUUGCUCUGUUUUGGAAGAGGUGAUUUUCCUCUCUUGCUCUGUUUCAAGAUUUGGAAAAAACAGAGUGAUUGCAAUUUUUGACAAAAAUGUAUGAAGAGAGUGGACUAUUGUUUCCCUAUAUGCAGAAUUUCUUUCAAGAUAUUCAACAACUUGAAGAGUAUUGCAAGUAUCAAAAGACCAAUGUUCCAAUGAGCAACCUACUUCAGACCACUAUCUCAGAAUAUGAUCUGGGAGGCGAAGGGGAUCUGUUCAAAGCUCCCAAACCAAUCAUUGAAGAGCCACUUGUGGGCAUUGAUCCCAUGGCGUCAGCCAUUUCAAUGAUCUCCUGUGGGGAAGAAGUCAUUACUUCACAAGGACUAAAGGUGACAGAUAUUGAAUCAAUUCAAAAUGAGCAGCUUCUGAAUGAGGUUUUCUAUGAAUGCAAGAAGGACCUCCUGGAAAAAGAAGCAAUGGAUACACAAUCACUUGCAGAGCUUCUGGAUAUCAAACUUCCUGUUGUCAGGACUGAUGAUGAAAACCCCAUUAAAGAAAAUAAAUUACCUCCUGAUGCUGCACUAUCAAAAAGUGUCAGCUCGGGAUGUUUGAGUUCAAUUGAGUGGGUCCAUGGUGCUGCAGUGAAGCCAAGUUUUCUGGAUUUUCCUGGAAUUGAUUUUGAAAAUGCUUAUGGGAUGCGGAGAGCAUUCAGCGAAGGAGACAUAAAGACUCUUGGUAAUGGUAACACGAGCCUCAUCUGUUCUCCUCUUGACCGACCGUUGAUUAUCAACAACUACUCUGCUGAGGACCGCCAGGAAAAGCUUUCAAGGUACAGGAAUAAGAAGACGAAGAGGAACUUUGGCAGGAAAAUUAAGUAUGCUUGCAGGAAGGCUCUUGCAGACAGUCAGCCAAGGAUUCGAGGAAGGUUUGCAAAGACAGAAGAGUGGGAUGUUUCCAAGAGGCAAUAACUAUGAACUAAUUCAGGAAAAGGAAAAACGAAAAGUAGCUAUGCAGUAAUGGCAGAAAUGAGUAAUAGCAUAAGCCUGGCAAAUAGAUUUGGCAGAAAACUAGCGACUAUUGUUAAAAUAAACUAGACCCCCAACUCCUGCAACAUAGCUGAUAUCUUAUUUGCUGUAAUAACCUCUGCAGUAGAACAAAAUGGCCGAGUAAAGUUGUACAUAGGCUUGUGUUAAAUAAGAAGAGGAAUCUAGAAAAAGUUGUAUUUGUUCAUAUAUCUUUUGAAAUGGCAAUGUUGUAACCCCUCUAUAAUUCUAUUGGUGUUUCCACAACAUUUGUUAUGGCGUACAAACUAUUCUGAUCAUUAUUACUACAUGAUAUCGGAAUGGAAAUGUUCUAUUUCAUUA